AUUUCAGUUACUCAAACACUCAAUUUUUUUUUUUUGCAAUUGAUUAUACUGUGAAGCUUAAUUCAGUUCCUGAUUGUUUGUUUCGAAAUUUCUGAAACUCAUCCGGAUGCAUUCAAUACUAUAUCGUGCUAUUAUUGUUGGUGAUUCCCGUUACAUAUGUUAUCAAUCUAGGCCUUUGUGUUCUUCUCUAGGAACUAGACAUUUUUCCCAUGAAAAACAAUGCGGAGAAGAGCUUUCCAGGUACCUGGACAUUCUCACUGUGAAACUUGGCAAAGGAAGCAGUGAGGAAGAAACCCUUCACACCCUCUUGAAUGAUGAAACUUGUGAUGCCAUACCCCUCUCCCAAAACCUUGUUCACCUGUUGCUCCAGCGAUACAAGGAUGAUUGGCAAUCUGCACUGGCUGUAUUUAGAUGGGCUGGUUCACAGUCCAGCUUUAGACAUUCGCCGGAGUCAUACGAUAUGAUGGUCGAUAUAUUGGGUAGAAUGAAGGUUAUGAAAAAGUUGAGGGAUUUGUUAGAUGAAAUGCGCAAGAGUGGUCUGGUCACUAUGAAUACUGUGGCUAAGGUAAUGAGACGGUUUGUUGGGGCAGGUCAGUGGGUAGAUGCAGUUAAGAUAUUUGAUGAUUUGCAAGCUCUUGGGUUGGAGAAGAACACAGAAUCCAUGAACUUGUUGCUUGAUACCCUCUGCAAAGAGAGAUUUGUGCAGCAAGCUCGUGAAAUUUUCUUGGAGCUGAAGCAGCACAUUGCUCCUAAUGCUCACACCUUCAACAUAUUCAUUCAUGGAUGGUGCAAAAUCUGCCGUGUUGAUGAGGCACAUUGGACGAUUGAAGAGAUGAAAGGAUAUGGUUGUCGCCCUUGUGUUAUAAGUUAUUCCACAAUCAUUCAGUGUUACUGUCAAGAAGGGAAUUUCAUCAAGGUGUAUGAGCUUCUUGAUGAAAUGAAGGCUCAAGGGUGCCCGGCUAAUGUGAUAACUUAUACUACUAUCAUGAGUGCACUAGCAAAGGCUGGAAAGUUUGAGGAAGCUUUGAAAGUACCUGAAAGAAUGAGGUCUUCUGGAUGUAGGGCUGAUACACUUUUCUUCAAUUCUUUCUUAUAUACAUUGGGGAGAGCAGGUAGAUUAGAUGAUGCUGCCUAUGUAUUUAACGUGGAAAUGCCCAAGGCUGGUGUUUCUCCAAAUACAUCGACCUAUAAUUCAUUGAUUUCUAUGUUUUGUUAUCAUGCCCAAGAAAAGAGAGCUUUUGAAAUACUGAAGGAGAUGGAAAAUUCAAACUAUUGUAGGCCUGAUGCUCAGACUUACCACCCAUUGAUCAAGUCUUGCUUUAGAACUGGAAAAAUAGAUAGUGUGUUGAAUGAUAUAUUAAAUGACAUGAUUAAUAAAUAUCAUCUCAGUCUUGAUCUUUCAACCUAUACACUGCUAAUUCACGGGCUUUGUAGAGGAGAUCGAUGCAAUUGGGCGUUCUCUCUGUUUGAGGAGAUGAUUGAUCAAGAUAUAAUUCCUAGAUUCAAAACUUGCCGAUUGCUGUUGGAUGAAGUGAAGCAGAAAAAUAUGUUUCAAACUGCUGAGAAAAUUGAGGAUCUUAUGAAAAAAUUGUAAAUGCAUGAGCUUCUUAUGUGUGCGUACACUUCUUUGUUACACAUGAUGUUAACCAUUUGAUACAAA